AUACUUGAAAUUGCAUUUCGUUGAAGGAAACAAUGAUAGUGUUAUCAAGAUUACGUGGAUCGGCUCUCCGUGGUUUUCAUAAGCACAUAUGGGUUAGAAAUUGUUCAUCAGCAGCAGCGGCAGCAACGCCAGAAUCUAGCACCAUGACUGGAGUACAUGAUGCCCAGCAGGCACUAGCGCUCAAGGAAAACUGCAUUUUGGUAGAUCCGAAUGAUAACGCCAUUGGCGCCAGCAGUAAAGCUGAUUGUCAUCGAGUGAAUGGAGAGACUGGAGCGGUCAAAUUACAUCGUGCUUUCAGUGUCUUCCUUUUCAAUUGUAAGGGAGAAAUGCUUGUGCAACGUCGUUCCGUACACAAGAUUACAUUCCCCGACACGUAUACAAACGCUUGUUGUAGUCAUCCACUGCACGACAUUGAAUUGGAGCGGGAAGAAGCUAAUGCGAUAGGAGUACGAAGAGCAGCUCAGCGGCGGCUUAACUAUGAGCUUGGCAUUCCAACGGAACAAAUUCAACCAGAAAACUUUCACUAUUUGACACGCAUACAUUACCACAAUACAGGUGAUGGUGUGUGGGGUGAACAUGAAAUCGAUUAUAUACUUUUCCUGCAAAAGGAUGUCGAUCUCAAUCCGAAUGAGAAUGAGGUCAGCGAAGUGCGCUUCGUAAAGCGUAAUGAAAUUGACAAGGCUGUGAACAAAUUCGAUGCUCCAAUGACACCUUGGUUUAGACUGAUCCUAAAGCAUAAACUUAAAGAAUGGUGGGAUAAUUUGCACCAAUUAAAAAAGUUUGAAGAUACGAAGUUCAUACAUCGCUUCACCUGAACAAUGGAAUAUCUUUUGAUCAUCAUCGAAUAGGCGGCGAGAAACACCAAAGAAAUUUUUGUUCGGCACUUUGACUGGAGUGGUCUCCUGAUUGUUAGUGUGCUUUAAGAAAUAGAAAUCAUUAAAAUUAUAGUUACGGGAUUAAUAAAAUAAGCCAUUUAAGUUUUCUCUUUUUUUGUUUAUUUAUGGUUGUAAGCAUACAUCUGUAUAUGUGUAUGUAUGUAAAUAACAAUAGAGUACAAUCAUGAUCACAUUUACUGUGUUACCAUGCACAUUGCUUUUGUCUUAAAUGCUAUUCAUAUAACUAUCUUUUAUGUAUGUAUGUUGUAUGUUAUUAGUUGGCGAAGCACAAUAAACAUUUCGCAGCACAACAACAAAUAACGAACAAAAUGAACUAUAAAUAUUUACAGGUUUUGGCGUAAAAAAUCUAAUAAAAUAGUAAAACAAAUCAGCUGCAGCUUGACUUGUUCAUUUUUCUCCUAGUUUCGAAGCACUAAUUUGUAUGCAUAACUUAAGUUUGAUCAACGGUUUAAGAAAAAGGCGUUGAAGCAGGCACACCUUGAUUAUGUCAAUAAAUAGUUUGCAUAUCAAACAAAUUCUUCAUUUAAGAUUUACUGUAGUUAAGUGUUUAUUACAUACAUAGUUGUAUGUACGUUCAUUUACAUUUCACGGUUAGGGGGUUUUCCACGAGAAGGAACUCUGGUCGAUUCCAACUAACUAUAUCCUCACCGAAUAUCCAGAUUUAAUUUGCAGUCUAAAUAGUUUUACGUUCUUAAAAACAAAAUAUACUUUUUUAUGUAGUUGCAACUAACACUAAUAGGUCGACUUGUGUAUUCGAAUCUUCAGUUGAUUUAAUAUGAGUAUAUUACGAAUUUGCAUGCGCUUUAAAAACACGUCGUUGUUAGUAGGUAUACAUAUGUGUGUAAUAUAUAAUAAAUAAGUGUCGAUUCGUUAAUUACAUAAUUUUCUUU